CCAAAUUAUCAACCGUCAAAAUUUGAAGGGUUUUUAAUUCCUCAUUGAUAAAGUUGAGAAUGUUGAAAAAACGUUUGACCAAAACAACAGAGAACAGAAACAUGAAAAAAAGUACGAAUAAACUGACGGCCCAAGAUAAAAAACUACUCUGGAUCAUGUUUUUCAAAAAAUAUAUGCAUCUGUCCAAAAAAAAAUCUCCAGCUUGCCCUAUAAUGAAUGUUUCCUUGAGAGAGUUUGAAUCCAGCGUCGUUGCAGAAGGAGGCAGCAAUUGGGAAAGACUGGACAAUGUGGAACGAGUGUAUGGAAACCAAUUGAGGUUUUCAUUGUUAAAAAGAGAGUAUUUUAAACUUAGGGGCAAUAUACUCAAAUAUGACUACUGGCAUAAGAAAGGAAAAAGAGAACUGAAAAAAAUAAGGAAACACAUAACUAAGAAAGAGUUAGGUGUUUAUAUCGAAACAUGCCACUCUAUAAACCAGAUGUUUUUAAACGAUAAAAGCAUAUUUAAGUUUAUGUUGAAAAUGGAAAGAAUUCCUGAAAAUUCUCAUGCAAGAGAAUCCAGUUCAGUAGCUGAUGGACGGCAUGGAGAAAAGAGCAAUUGAUUUUUGGAUAGGUAUGUGCCAGAAAAUAUGUCCAGGGUGUAACCCAGGAUAAUAUGUCAAAAAAUAAGGCGAAUGAUGAAUUUGUUAGCCUGAAUAUUUGUUGGGGCCUCAAAUGAUUGUCUUCUUCUAAGACAAUUAAUUCUUUAUUGACACAAAAUUGCUAAAAGUGCUUACGAAGUACGAAAAAUUACCCUUAAAUAAAUCAUCCUUUAUGUAGUAACUUCAAUAAUACAAGCUAUCUACCAUUUUAUAAUAAUACAAGGUAUUUUCUAAUGGAAUAUGUCAAUAUUUAAGGGAGCGAUUUUUGGGUCCAUUUUAAGAAGAAAACUUCAUAUGAAUGUAUGUCAAAUGUCUUAAUUUCUGAGAGUAGUAAAGUUUUUAAAAAUAAAUCAUUUGACAUGCCUACUGAUUUGGAAUAGUGGUACAUUAAAAAAUGCCUCAACAUAUAUAGUACAUGUUUGUCUAAUUUAAUUAGAAAAGGACAUGCAUUUUUUAGUUUUCUUCUUAAAAUGGACCUAAAAAUCGUCUCUUUAAGUAUUGAUAUUAAAUCAGGAAACACAGUGUAUCUGUAGCAUUGUGUUUAUACUUUUUUUUCAGCUUUAUCAAGAACUAUGAACUUUUUUCUGACUAACCUGAAUUUGGUAUAAAUGUUUAGUAUUAGAUUAUUUUUAUUUAAUUGUGUCUGUAAUUAUUAGACUAUUGUUUUUGAAAUAUUGUUAUAGUAUGUAGUUUUAAUAAACUGAUAGUAUAU